GCAGUUGGCUUCAACUUUGCAACGCGAGACCGCAGAGCAAGUGAGGAUUUCGGACGACAUAUCAUGCCAAGCCCAACCAAGCGAGGGCGGAAGACUCUGGCACCGUCGACGAGUCCCGUCAAGCCCAACCCCACCGACGAAAAGAGUGUGAGUGUGCUGUACUUGGAUCCGAUCCCGACACCAGACGCCAGCACAAGUCUCAAGGCGACCACCCAAACAGGGGGGCCGCAAACCACUGUGGACGUCCCGCCAGCGUAUUCCGUGGGCAUGCCCAUGGUGCUGCAGACCGUGCCCGUGGUCCGAAAGCAGCGGGGAGACAUUGAGCCAAAAGUGUUUUUGCCCCACGAACGCACCGUCGAUCAGCCCCCCCGCCAAGUCGAAGUCGAACGAAAAAAACGACGAUUUGAAGCGGCCGACGUGGGCUCCCUCGUGGGGGAGCGACUGGCGCAGCUGUUUGAAAGCGCAGAAUACGCCACGGUCACCAGCGACACGAGCGGCAUUGCGCUGCAGUUGUUGGAGGCGAUGCCGUUGCACUGGUUCGACGACAAAUCGUUCGAAGUCCGCGAAGCCGAGGAAUGGAUGACAUGUGGGAAAAAGAAAGACGGGACGAUUGCGAUUCCAGUGACCGCGCUAUACGGUCGCCCGGGGGUACCCAACGUCUGGUGCGAAGGCCACGUCAUUGGGUUCAACGCCAACCGUCGCAUGUUUGUCGUUCGGUUCCGCAACCAAGGUCAGGACGACGACGUCCAACUGCACCGAAAUGACGUUUGCUUCAAAGCGGAAGACCCUAUGCAAUUUGUCGAGCGAGUGGUAGCGGCGCACAAAGCCCGCCUCGUGGCACAGUCGGCAAUCCGGAAGAACGUGUACAUUGACUGCAUGCCGUCGGACGGGCUACAUAAACUCGGGUCGGAGAACAUCAACAAGAUCCUCAAGCUGGCGUCCGUGCCGUUUGUGGCCAAGAACAUCCCCGUACCCGACACGGCGCGCAUCGUGAACGAAGUGCACACGGACUACCUGCGCACGAUGAGCCGUAUCAUCUUUGAGCACCAGCAGCGCGCGCAUCCGUCGCCCGGGAUGAACUUCCACCUACUGGCGGACAACGGCGGCGACGACGACAAGAAGCACGUUGUGACGAUCCAGCACCACGAAGUGGCCCCGCCCAUCGACUACGCCGACCAGUUCAUCGGGUUUUCGUUCCAGACGUUUCUUACGUCGCCCGAGACGCUGGCCGCGGUCGUGAAAGUCAACGAGGAGUGCUACCGCAUGCUGUGCAUGGACGUGUUUGCAUUGAAAACGUCACGGAGUCUCAAGCUCGAAGAGUUCCAGCAGCGCCAAAACACCCAGGAGCGGCUGGUUCACAAGAUUGUGCACGAAGACUGGCCCAACAAGCUCACGCACGCCAUCAAGACAUCGCUCGUACAUGUUGGAAAGGGCUGGUACAACCUCCAAGAGACCCGCCGGGACACGUAUGAGUUUAGCAAACUCCGGUCAUUCCUCCGGCGGGUCAACUUGACCAUGAAGGACACGCUGCGGUACAUGUCAGAGCAGUCGUUACAUUCAUUUCGAGCGUUUGUGGACAAAGCCACAGAAGCUAACGUCAAGAUCAUCGACGCGAAAACGUCGUUCUUGUCGUACGCCGAUCUGGACGCCCGACGAGCCGAGUUGGGCCACACCAAAUAUGAGCACUUGUGCCGCCAGAGGCAAAUUCAAAACCCGCCGGCGCUGUUUACAGUCAACUUGAGUGUGUCGAGCGAGUUGAUUGUCAUCAACCAGGCAGCGAUCAACGACGCUAGUCGGGACAUCGCGCAGUGGAAAGCCGAGUACGAGGUCAAGUUGAAGCGGCUGCAGGACGACGACCCUGACGGCGACCACCAGAGAGACGACGAAGAGUGCCCGAUAGCGGCGGUGGCGCCCGUGAUGGGCAAUUGCUUUGGGUACAACACAGCGAUACCCUUGUUUGGCCAGAUGGUCGUGGAAGUCUUCAACAAGUCUAUCGACAGCUUCAAAGACAUCAAACAAGUCGAACAAAUGGUAAUGGACAAGCUGUUUUGGAGCAGCCACCCGUCGAUCCCGUACGUCAACGGAAAUGAAGCAUGGGUCGUUCGAGUCCGCGACGACGUCCAGAAGCUGCUCGACAAGAGCGAACGCCCCCUGCGCGAUUACCUCAAGCAGUAUGACCGGUAUAUUGGCUUCCUCAACCUGAACGAAGAAGCGUACCUCGACCAAUUCCGCACGCAAGACCCGCCGAACCUGCAGGACCUGGCCGAUAAGAUCAAGCAGCACAACGUGGACGCCGUGGAUAUUGAGGACGCGAUCCCAGCGACUAACAUCGAGCUCGGCAUGUACUCGGUGAGCUGCGCUGCCAUGCGCGGGCAGUUGGCCGAGAAGCAUAGGCGACUGGCGCGACGGCUGCUGGACUGCCAGUUGGUGAAUUGCAUCAACUUGGCCAAGGACUUGCACAGCAAGUUUGAGCCCAUUAAUCGGCAGCUGCAGAAAAUCCCCACCGACAUUGAACAACUCACAGAAAUGAACAAGUACAUUGAGAGCAUUCCGUCGCAGUUGGCACCUCUGCUCACGUCGUCACAGAUGCUGAUCAAGUAUCGUUCGGUGCUCGACGGGUUUCAAUACCGCAUGGACAAAGAUGACUUUAUGAGCAUUUGGCGCGUGCGGCAGUGCCCCAACCACAUUUACGACCAAGUGCACAAAAUGAACAACAUUUUGCAAAUGCAAAACCAGCAAUUCUUGGCCGAAAUGCGCGACCAACAAGUCGAGUUCAACGAGUCACUGCGGUUGCUUCACCAAGAAGUCGACGGGUUCAAGCAAUACACGGACUUGGCUCGCGUCGAACAAGUUUACAAGUAUGUGGUCAACAUUGACCAGAAGAUCCUCAAAGCCGAAGAAGACGCGCGGUUGUUCAAUUCGCGGGAAGGACUGUUUGGCCAAGACCUGUCGGACUAUGAGCAAAUCAGCCGCAUCCGCCGCGACUUUGAACCGUACUCGAUGCUGUGGAAAACUGCCAACAACUGGAUCAAGGACCACAAGAAAUGGAUGGACGGGCCAUUCCUGGACAUUGUCGGCGAAGAGUUUGAGCAGUUUGUCGAGACCAACUGGGCAACCAUCACCAAGGCCACCAAGUACUUUGAAAAGAUGAACAUCAAGGGAUGCCUAGACAUUGCCAGCCACAUCAAGAACGAGAUCGCAGAGUUUCGCCCGCAUGUGCCGCUGGUCAUUGCGUUGAGAAACCCGGGCAUGCAAGACCGCCAUUGGGCGCAAAUGAACCAGGAAACCCACAUGAGUUUCCGGCCAGAUCGAGGCAUGAAGCUGUCAUACGUGCUAGGGCUCGGCCUCGAUGCCCACAUCGACACGAUCACCAAGAUCUGCGAAACCGCGGGCAAGGAAUACCAGAUUGAAAAGGCCCUCAACAUCAUGGAAGAGCAGUGGAAACAUGUCACGUUGUCGGUGGUCGAGUACCGUGAAACGGGCACGUUUGUGCUCAAAGCAGUGGACGAAGUACAAGCAAUUUUGGACGAGCAGAUCACGAUCACCCAGGCGAUGCAGUUUUCAGCCUUCAAAAAGCCCUUUGAAGAACGCAUCAACAAGUGGGAAAAGUGUCUGAGCACCGUGUCGGACGUGAUGGAAGAGUGGAUGGCGGUGCAGCGCGCGUGGCUGUACUUGCAGCCGAUAUUUGACUCGCCAGACAUUAACAAGCAGCUGCCGAUGGAAGGCAAACGGUUUGCAACGGUGGACAAGAACUGGCGCCAGACGCUCCAAGCGGCCAAAGCCAAGCCGAGCGUGAUCAACUUUUGCAACAACGACAAGCUCCUCGAUCGGUUCCAAGAAAGCAACAAGUUUCUUGAGCAAGUGCAAAAAGGACUGAGCGAUUUCCUCGAGACGAAGCGGUCGAGCUUUUCCCGGUUCUACUUCUUGUCCAACGAAGAGUUGCUGUCGAUUUUGUCCGAGUCGAAAGACGUCAAGCUCGUGCAGCCGCAUUUGAAAAAGUGCUUUGAGGGCGUGGUCAAGGUCGAGUUCCAGGAGGAUCUGACCAUCACGGCCAUGAUUUCCGCCGAGGGCGAGACCGUCGCCAUGGCCACCCCCGUCAACCCCAACGGCAAGAACGUCGAGCACUGGAUGACCGAAGUUGAGGACAUGAUGCGCGUGAGCGUGCGCGCCGUCAUGUUCAAAGCCAUUCAGGACUACACCCAAGUGUCCCGAGUCAAGUGGAUCCAGAAAUGGCCUGGGAUGUGUGUCCUGAAUGGAUCGCAGUUUCACUGGACGAGGGAAAUGGAGGAAGGUAUGCUCGCCCACGGGGCCAAGGGCGUGACGAAGAUGCUCGAGCAUCAGCUCGCCCAACUUGCCGACAUGGUUAUCAUGGUUCGUGGCCACUUGGAUAAAUUGGCGCGCAUCAGUGUGGGCGCCCUAACUGUCAUUGACGUUCACGCCCGCGACGUCACGUUACGCCUCGCGCAAAACCAAGUCAGCUCCAAAGACGACUUUAUGUGGUCAAGUCAAUUGCGAUACUACUGGAGCGACGAUCUGUUUGCGGAAAUGGUAAGCGCGCGUCGUCCGUACGGGUACGAAUACUUGGGCAACUCGUUCCGGUUGGUGAUUACACCUCUCACGGACAAGUGCUACAUGACACUCAUGGCGGCGCUGCAAAUGAUCUUGGGGGGUGCUCCCGCUGGACCUGCCGGUACUGGCAAGACCGAAACCACCAAAGACUUGGCGAAAGCCCUCGCCAAGCAGUGCGUCGUGUUCAACUGCUCUGAUGGCCUCGACUACAUUGCAAUGGGAAAAUUCUUCAAAGGGUUGGCAUCGUGUGGGGCGUGGGCGUGCUUUGACGAGUUCAAUCGGAUUAACAUUGAAGUGCUGUCGGUGAUUGGGCAACAAGUCACAACGUUGCAGCUUGCCAUUCGAGCCAACGAGAAGCGCAUCAUGUUUGAAGGGUCCGACAUUGCCGUGAGUCCUCAAUUUGGUGUGUUUAUUACCAUGAAUCCGGGGUACGCGGGGCGGUCCGACCUGCCAGAUAGUCUGGCGGCGCUCUUCCGUCCGGUGGCUAUGAUGGUGCCAGACUAUGCCAUGAUUGGCGAAAUCAUGUUCUUUGCCUACGGCUACGAAAAGGCCAAAGAGUGUGGCGCCAAGAUGGUCACGACGUUCAAGUUGUGUUCUGAGCAAUUAUCGGCCCAGUCGCAUUAUGAUUACGGCAUGCGCGCUGUAAAAACGGUGAUUACGGCCGCAGGGAACCUCAAGCGCGCGGACCCCCACAUGGACGAAGAGGUGCUGCUGCUGCGGGCGUUGCAAGACGUCAAUUUACCCAAAUUUCUGUCAUUUGACAUUCCCCUGUUCAACGGGAUCAUCAGUGAUCUCUUUCCUGGCAAGUCGCGGCCGCAGUUGAACCUUGGGGCCCUGAAUCGAGUGUCCAAGCUUGUGAUUCAGAGGCAAAAACUCCAGCCGCAUCCGUUUUUCAUGCUCAAGGUCGUACAAUUGUACGAAACGCUGUGUGUUCGCCAUGGGUUGAUGGUAGUGGGGGCGACCGGGGGAGGCAAGUCGAGCAACGUCCGGGUGCUAUGCGACACGUUGUCGGAGCUGAAAAAGCUGGGCGAGCAAGGCUUUGCCUACGAAGAAGUGAUCUUGUAUCAGCUCAACCCAAAGUCCAUCACGAUGGGGCAACUGUACGGUGAGUUUGACGCUAGCACCCACGAGUGGCAAGAUGGGAUCCUCAGCACUUUGUACCGCGCGGCCGCGUCAAGUGCCAACGCGGACCGCAAGUGGGUCAUCUUUGACGGCCCCGUGGACGCCAUAUGGAUUGAAAAUAUGAACACGGUGCUGGACGACAACAAGAAGUUGUGCCUCAGCAGCGGCGAAAUCAUCCAAAUGUCUCAAGAGAUGACCAUGAUGUUCGAGGUGGAGGACCUGUCGGUGGCGUCCCCCGCCACAGUCAGCCGCACCGGCAUGGUGUACAUGGAGCCGGCGUCGCUCGGCUUUGACCCUCUUAUCACGAGCUGGCUCGAGAACCUCCCGCACGACUUUUCAAACGACACACGGAAGCAGCUCCAGUACCUGUUUGACGCGUUCCUUCGCCCAAGCUUGGCAUUUGUGACGGCGCACGUCAAGGAGUGGCUGCCCCAGAUCCCCAACAACUUGUGCCAGAGCUUGAUGCGGCUGCUGGACUCGUUCAUUUCCGUGUUGCGCGGCAGCGAGGACAAGAAGGAGGUCCGCGCUGAGCACGUGUCGUUCUUUUCAAAACACAUAGCCGAACUGUUUGUGUUUUGCCUCGUGUGGUCCGUUGGGGCCACCGGCAACGACGCUGGCCGCGUCAAGUUUGAUGCGUAUCUGCGCCAGGAAAUGCUGGCGCAUCCCAGCAUCCACCUGCCCAUGCCGUCAGAGGGCCUCGUCUACGACUACGCGUUGGACAGACCGUCGGAAUCGUGGAAGCUGUGGCUCGACACGAUCCCCAAGUACAUCGUCCCAAGUGACGCGUCGUUUUCAGAGCUCGUGGUGCCAACCAGCGACAGCGUCCGGUCGACGUUUCUCAUGCAAUUAGCAUUAACACAAGGCGUGCACAUGCUCAUUGUCGGCCCCACGGGUACCGGCAAGACGAUCAACGUCAACCAGUUCCUCGAGCGGGUCGACAGCGACAAGUUUGUGCCACUCAAGCUCACAUUUUCAGCGCAAACGAGCGCAAAUCAGACGCAGGACUUUCUUGACAGCAAGAUGGAAAAGCGGCGCAAGGGCGUGUACGGUCCCACGGCAGGCAAGAAGUUUAUCGUACACAUUGACGACUUGAACAUGCCCAAGCAAGAAGAGUACUUUGCGCAGCCGCCGAUUGAAAUCCUUCGCCAGUGGUUCGACCAAGCCGGAUGGUACGACCGCAAACUGCUCGUGUUCCGCAACAUCGUGGACGUGGUCAUGGUGGCGUCGAUGGGGCCACCGGGGGGCGGGCGCAACCCCAUCACCCCCCGGUUUAUACGGCACUUUAAUAUCAUCGGAUACACGGAAAUGUCGGACGACAACAAGAAGCAAGUGUUUGCCACGAUCGUCGCGAGCUACUUGGCGAAAUUUUCCGACGAGCUCAAACCGCCUGAGAUUGGGCUGUCUAUCGUCAAGAGCUCUAUUUACAUCUACAACACAAUCAUCCAGGAACUGCUCCCGACGCCCGCCAAGGCGCAUUACACGUUCAACCUCCGAGACUUGGCCAAGGUGUUCCAAGGGCUGCUUAUGGGUGACGCCAAGCGCAUCAUCAAGCUCGACCAGUUGCUGCGGUUGUGGGUACAUGAGAACAUGCGCGUGUUCGAAGACCGCUUCACGACGCCCAGUGACCACCAGUGGUUCCACGGCCAGCUGCAGAUGCAACUCGCGCUUCACUUUGGCCCCAAGUUUGGUCUCCCGGACGUCCAGCAUGACCACGACGCUAUGUACGACACCAAGCAAAAGAUCUGGGCGAUCGUUGUGCCGAGCUCGAAUCUUUUGUUUGGCGACUACAUGGUGCCUGGCGCCGACCCCAAGAUCUACGAAGAAAUCACCGAUAUGGACAAACUGGUAGCCCAGGUAGAAGAGUACCUGAAUGACUACAACGCCGAGUCGAGCGCCCCCAUGAAUUUGGUCAUGUUUAUGAACGCCAUUGAGCACGUAUCUCGCAUCGCGCGCAUCAUCCGCCAGCCCCAGGGCAACGCCCUUCUCUUGGGCGUCGGCGGCAGCGGGCGGCAGUCGCUCACCCGACUCGCCGCCUACAUGGCCGAGUACGGGUGCAGCCAGAUCGAAAUCUCCAAGGGGUACAGCGUUGUGGACUGGCGGGACGACCUGAAAAAGUGUCUGAUGAAGGCGGGCGUGGACGAGAAGCCCACCGUGUUUCUCUUCUCGGACGUGCAGAUCGUGCACGAGAUCAUGCUCGAGGAUAUCAACAACAUUUUAAACACUGGCGACGUGCCCAACUUGUACGCCCCCGAGGACAUUGACGCCAUCACCAACCACUGCCGAAACCUAUGCGUCAAGAAAAGGAUUCCCGCUACGAAACUCAACAUCUUUGCGUGUUAUGUCGGCCUCGUCCGGCAGAAUCUGCAUCUUGUGCUGUGCAUGAGUCCCCUCGGCAGCACCUUUCGCGACCGCAUUCGCAUGUUUCCGUCGCUCGUCAACUGUUGUACGAUUGACUGGUUCAGCGAAUGGCCAGCCCAAGCAUUGCAAAGUGUCGCCAUGAAUGCGCUUACGACCGUGGACUUGAAAUUGGGCGAUCAAGUCGGCGCUGUGGUCAACGUAUUUCAGAGCAUGCAUCAAACGGUGGAACAAGAGUCGAACAAUUACUUUCAAAAACUACGACGAUACAACUACGUGACCCCGACGUCGUACUUGGAACUGCUGUUUACGUUCAAGAGCGUUCUCCAAACCAAACGCGAAGAAGUCACAGGCACCACAAGUCGACUCCAAAAUGGCGUCGACAAGAUCAUAGCCACAAAGGAGCAAGUCGCAGGAAUGCAGGAACAAUUGGUGGCGCUCAAGCCGCAGCUCGAAAAAACGCAAAUCGAAGUCGAAGCGAUGAUGAUCAAGAUCACCGAAGACAAGAAGGAUGCCGACGAAACCAAAGCGGUGGUUGAAAAGGAGGAGCAAUUUGCCAACAAAAAGGCCGCCGACACCAAAGCCAUUGCCGAUGACGCCCAGCGGGACUUGGACGAAGCGUUGCCUGCGCUGGACGCUGCCACGCAAUGUCUGAAUCGCCUCAAGAAGUCCGACAUUGACGAGGUCAAGGCCAUGAAGAACCCGCCGCACGGGGUGCGCUUGACGAUGGAAGCGGCUUGCAUUAUCUUUGGCAUCAAGCCGACGCUAAAAACAGACCCAGACAAACCCGGCCAGAAGAUCAAGGAUUACUGGGAAAGUGCCCAGAAGACCAUUCUCGGGAACGCCAAGAAGCUGCUCGAAGACAUGGUCAAGUUUGACAAGGACAACAUCGCCGACAAGAUCGUCCAACAGAUCGACCCGUACAUGGAAAUGGAGGAAUUCUUACCCGCGUCCGUGCGCAAGGCGUCCGUGGCGUGUGAAGCCAUCUGCAUGUGGGUGCGAGCCAUGCACACGUACAACAAGAUUGCCAAGAUGGUCGAGCCCAAGAAGGUUGCAUUAGCGGAAGCCCAAGCGGAGUUAGACGUGACGAUGCGGGUGUUAGCCGAUGCCAAAGGACGGCUCACGGCCGUUGUGGAUCGACUGCGAGAGCUCGAAAACGGCUACAAUGCUGCGGUCGACAAGAAAGACCAGCUGGUGCAGGACGUCCGGCAGUGCGAGAUUCGACUAGAAUCGGCGCUCAAGUUGAUUGCACUGUUGGGGGGCGAGGAGGAUCGAUGGGUAAUCACGAUCAAACAGUUGAUGGACGACUUGAAGAACCUCGUGGGCGACGUGGUGAUUUCGUCCGGCACGAUCAGCUACCUCGGGUGUUUUACGAGUGAGUUCCGCGACAUUUGCAUUGCAUCCUGGUACAAUGCGUUGGCCAAGCAGCAAGUGCCUCACACGAAGAACUGCAACAUCAUCACGACGCUGGCCGACCCGGUCAAAGUCCGGGGGUGGCAGAUCGCCGGCCUGCCGUCGGACAACCUGUCGGUGCAAAACGGAAUCAUCAUGGCCCGUGCCCGUCGGUGGCCGCUUCUGAUCGACCCCCAAGGUCAAGCGAAUCGUUUCAUCAAGAAUCUGGGCAAAGACACGAGCGAAAACGGCAUCGACGUGGUCAAGAGCACCGACAAGGGGUUCAUCAAGGUGCUAGAGAAUGGCGUCCGCUUUGGCAAGUGGAUCCUCAUGGAGAACGUGAGUGAAUUCCUCGACGCGGCGCUCGAGACGGUGCUACUGCAAACCAAGUUCAAGCAGGGAGGGCAGUUGAUGAUGAAGAUUGGGGAUACCACGAUCCCGUACAACGCGGCCUUCCGGUUCUUCAUGACGACCAAGCUGCCCAACCCCCACUACCCCCCCGAAACCUGCGUGAAGGUGUGUCUGCUCAACUUUACCAUCACCCCCACGGGGCUCGAAGAGCAAGCGUUGGGGGUGGUCGUCCAAGAAGAAAUGCCCGAGCUAGCGGAGAAAAAGAACACGUUGGUCGUGUCCAACGCCCGAAUGAAAGCCGAGCUCCUGGACAUUGAAAACAAGAUUUUGUACAUGCUGGCCAACUCGCAGGGCAACAUUCUUGACGACACGGACUUGAUCGACAUGCUCGGCAAAGCCAAAGUCACGUCGGAAGACAUCAACGAAAAGAUGGCCGAAGCUGAAGUCACCGAGAAAACCAUCGACGAAACGCGUGAAUUGUACCGCGGGGUGGCGAAUCGCGCGUCCCUGCUCUUCUUUUGCAUCGCCGACUUGUCCAUUGUCGACCCCAUGUACCAGUACUCGCUGUCAUGGUUUAUCGAGAACUUUAUCAAGAGCUGUCGCGCGGCCGAACCAAGCGACGUGCUAGCAACGAGACUGGUCAACCUCAUUGAGUACGCUACGUACUCGUUGUACAGGAACAUUUGCCGGUCGCUGUUUGAAGAGCACAAGCUCCUGUUUUCGUUUCUCCUUACGAUCAAGUUGCUCCAAGGUCGUGACGAAAUCGACGCCCUCGAGUGGCGGUUCCUCAUCUCUGGGUCCACACCAUCGAAGGACGUGGACGCAAGGAACCCCAACCCUUUGUGGAUCGAAGACCGCGCGUUUUCAGAAUUCUGCAACCUCACGACUUUGCCCAAGUUUGACGGCCUCGUCGCAAGCCUCACGACUGAAGAAGACACGUGGCGCGCCAUGUUUGACUCGAACGACCCGCACCUGUCACGCCUCCCGGUACCCUUUCAGUUUUCGCUCAAUACAUUCCAGAAGCUGUGCACCCUCCGGUGCAUUCGUCCGGAUCGGAUGACCGAGGCGAUUCAGCUGUUUGUGGCCGAACAUCUGGGCCAACGGUUCAUCGAGCCGCCGACGUUCGACCUGCCAGGGUCGUACGCCGACUCGAGUGUCACCACCCCGUUGAUCUUCGUGCUUUCGACGGGGUCGGACCCGGCGAAAGACCUGCUCUUGUUUGCGGACACGAUGAAGAUGGGCCGCAAGUUGAAUUCGAUUUCUCUGGGGCAGGGCCAAGGCGUGAUUGCCGCCAAGAUGAUCGACGACGCCAUCUCGAGCGGCAAGUGGGUGUUGCUCCAGAACUGCCACUUGGCGAUCUCAUGGAUGUCGUCGCUCGAGCGAAUUUGCGAAGAACUCAACCCGGACACAACCCACCGCGACUUUCGGCUAUGGCUGACGUCGCGGCCGAGCGCAUCGUUUCCGACGUCGGUGCUCCAGAACGGCGUCAAGAUGACCAAGGAACCCCCCAAGGGCAUCCGCGCCAACCUGAAAAACUCGUACAUGAAGAUGACCGACGACAUGCUCGAUGCCACGGGAAAGCCCGAAAAGUACCGGAAAUUGCUGUUUGGCCUCGCAUUCUUUCAUGCGAUUGUAAUCGAACGCAAGCGCUUUGGACCGCUCGGGUGGAACAUUCCGUACGCGUUCAACGAUACCGACUAUGACAUUUCACGAGCUCAAUUGGAAAUGUUCUUGGAUUUUUACGACGUCGUGCCAUACAAGGUGCUGUGCGUGAUGACGUCUGUAGUCAACUAUGGCGGCCGCGUCACGGACGACAAGGACAUGCGCACGAUUGACGUGAUCCUCGACGGGUUCUUCAACGACAAGAUCCUGAGUGACCACUACUGGUUCUCGAAAAGCGGCACGUACAAGUCGAUUCCAGUGUCCAGUUCCGACAACCCCAAGAGUCCACUGGCGCACUAUCUCAACUACAUUGACUCGUUGCCGCUGAAUCCAGACCCGGAAGUGUUUGGCAUGCACGAAAAUGCCAACAUCACGUGCGCGAUCGCCGAAACGUUCAAGAACUUUGACAUUGUGCUGAGUUUGCAGCCUCGGAUGAGUGCAGGGGGUGGCCAGUCGCGCGAAAUGAUCAUUGAAAUGCAAGCCAAAGAGAUCGAAGACAAGCUGCCCCCGAUGUACGACAUUGACUUUAUCAGUGUGCGGUACCCGGUCAUGUACGAAGAGUCGAUGAACACCGUGCUCGUGCAAGAAGCCCAGCGAUAUAACAACCUGUUGUACGUGAUGAAGACGUCGUUGCCCCUGCUCCAGCGAGCACUCAAAGGGCUCGUCGUGAUGUCGGCCGACUUGGAAACCAUGUCCAACUGCAUUUUCAAUCAAAAGGUCCCCCCAGGAUGGGAGCGAAAGGCAUAUCCGUCGUUGAAAGCCUUGAACCCAUGGGUGGACGAGCUUCUGGAGCGAUUGAAAUUCCUCACGCACUGGAUCAACGAUGGCAUCCCGCCCGUGUUUUGGCUCUCGGGGUUCUUCUUUCCCCAGGGGUUUCUCACCGGUACAUUGCAAAACCACGCCCGGGGGUUCAAUAUCCCGAUUGACACGCUGUCGUGGGACUUCAUCAUGGUGCCCGACCCCGUCGAGCGGCUGCACAUCAAGCCGCAAAAGGGUGGGUGUUAUGCGUACGGACUGUUUAUUGAAGGGGCGCGGUGGGACACCAAGCAGUACUCGCUGGUUGACCCGAUUCCAAAGGAGCUGUUUUCGAAGAUGCCAGUGAUGCACCUCAUGCCGGUGAAACACCGCCAAGCGCCACAAAGUGGCAUCUAUCGCUGCCCCGUGUACAAGAUCCUCACCCGAACCGGCACGCUGUCCACGACUGGCCACUCGACGAACUUUGUCAUGUGGAUCGAAGUGCCGUCCAACAAGGACACGAUCUUCCGCAACUCACUCGUGUCGGAAACCAACCUGCAAAUGCAAUUUGCAGACCAAGAUUACUGGAUCAAAGCCGGGGUGGCAUGCUUCUUGUCGCUUCGAUAUUAAUAAACUAGUUUCCUUCUUC